AUGGCUCCAUGGUGGUACACAGCAGCCAGCGCCCUGGCUCUCUCUCUUCAGGCGACUGCCUGGGAUUAUUCAACUUACAGCUCGAUGGAAUUCCAGCCACCGAAAUUCGAAGUCAACAAGACUGGAACUACCGAUUCCGGCUACAUCUUUCUUGGUCCCCGUGGAGACGUUCAGGACGACGGCUCCGCUGCGCUCAUUUACGAUGAUGCGGGUGACCUGGUGUACGAAGGCAACAAAGGUGUGACUGCCAACUUCAUGGUGCAAAAGCUCUUUGGCAAGGAUGUUCUCACUUUCUGGGCCGGAGAUAUGAUGUCUAUCGGCUACGGUUAUGGAACUGUGCAUAUCCUUGACGAUACCUACAAGGAGAUUUACACUGUCCAACUUACCGGCGACUUCGUCACCCCAGACGGGUCAAGCAAGGAUUCAUACUGUGAUCUGCACGAGAGCCGAAUCACUUCGCGCAACACCCUCAUUUGCACCGCCUACAACGUCACUCAGCAUGACCUAACUUCCAUCAACGGGACCUCCUCCCAGUGGAUGCUGGACAGCCAAUUCUACGAGAUUGAUAUCACUACCAACCGAGUUCUACACUCAUGGAGUGCGCUUGAUCAUGAAGCCGACAUUCCUCUGACCACCUCCCACCAGGGUCUCGGAAAGGAUGUCGGUACGCAGGAUGCCCCCUAUGAUGCUUACCAUAUCAACUCCAUCACCACCACCAACCAUGGCUACCUUAUCUCGCUGCGUCACAUGUGGUCAGGCUACUAUCUGUCCCACAAUGGAAGCGUGAUGUGGCAGGUGAGUGGCGAGGACGGUGCCGACUUCAAGCAGAUCGGCAAUGUUGAAUUCUCGUGGCAACAUGACAUGCGUGUCUUCAACGAGACUGAUGACGGUCUCGUCCUAAACCUUUUCAACAAUGCUAACACUCCCACCGACGAAGAGUCCGAGUCCACUGGCAUCAGUCUAGCCAUCGACCUGAACAAAAAGACGGUCACCGGCCUCCGCUCCCUGGCCGACCCCAACGACCCCGUGCAUUCUGUCAGCCAGGGCAGCUACCAGCUCCUCAGUGAAGUGGACAGCCAUGCCUUCCUGGCAUACGGAUCCAUUUCCAAGGUCAAGGAGUUUGAUGGUGACGGUAACGUCGUCUUCAGCGCUCAGUUCGGUGACGACAAUGCCGUUGCCUCUUAUCGCGGCUACCGGUACCAGUGGACGGCCACUCCCUUCUGGAAGCCUUCGGUAUCGGUUGACAACACCAGCUCCGGUGCCACCGUCUACAUGAGCUGGAACGGCGCCACCGAAUAUGACCAUUGGGUUGUCUACGCGGCUUCCUCUGCCACUUCUACCAACAACACUCAGAUCGCUAUGGCUAAACGCACCGGCUUUGAGACUUCUGUUAAUAUCGCCGACCCUCCUACAAAGUUUGUUCAAGUUGUCGCUCGCAGAGGGACGACGGUUCUUAGCACCUCUGAGAUUGUCUCAUUCUGA